AUGAGGGCUUUUGAAACUAUGUUCCAGGCAUGCUGUGAGCAGAUAACGAUCUUGAUGCCUCCAGAAGACGCAGAGAAUGCAUCUUCUAUUGAAGCUCUGUGCACGAAGCUGACCUCGGUGGCCAUAGUAAACCACGUGACAACAGGCGUUCUGGACUUCGAGCAGAUCGUCUCUGUAGACAUGGCCUGGUGGGUGUACGGCGUUUACUAUGCGCUGAUAUUGUCGCUCACCACGCUGCUGAACGUCUUCAGUAUCCACAUUUUCCUGCACAUCUCCAUGAGAUCGCCCACCACCUAUCUGCUAGCAGCGAUCACAGUUCUGGAUCUAUUAACUUGCCUGGUUCAGGCUCCGUUGAACAUCCACGCCUACCUCCUGGAGAGGUACCGAGAGUUACCGUCGUACAUCUGGUGCGAGAUCUACAAUUACGUUCACAAUUUUCUACCUGCUGCCUUACAUAGCGCUGCCUUUCUGCUCAACAUGUUCCUGUCGGUGCAGAGAUGUGCGGGAAUUCGGGACAUCAAACAGUUGCGGGUUGUCGGCACUUACAAAGCUUCUCUUUUGGCUACCGUCUUGUGUGUACUAUUCUCCUUCUCCAUUCAUGCCUUGUAUCCUGCAACUAUCGGCAUUGAAAGCGUCACAGCCAUCAGUAAGAAGGUUGUCUCCAGCAGAGGGCUUGACUACAUCCAGAGCUGCCGAGUUGUGCCUCGAUUCAAAGACACCUACAUCGCUUUAUACUCUUCCUACCUGUGGCUGCGGGUGUCUCUCCUGCAGGUAACUCCAGCCCUGAUCAUCACAGUCUGCAACAUCACCCUCAUCCAAGCCUCGUACAAGACGUACGCCUACAGAAAACGACUCGUUGGAGCUCUGGGCAUCUUUACGGAGUCGAACGCCAGCUCUCUCGCCACCGAUGACACGUUUCUGACGAGCGAAAGGUCGUGUAGUAAGACAGCCACGUCCGAAAGAGCCGUGGAAAUAGGUUUAAGUAUAGCACCGCAUAAGAAUGAGGAAAUCGCUCAGAUAAUUUACACCAGACAUUCAAUGUCUGAGACUUUGGGGCAGUCUAGAGGCAGUCGCAGAUCUGCAGACGGCCAAGCAAACAGUUGCUUCAGAGAGCGUCGAUCUGUCAGCGAAGGCAUCUGUGAGAAUGCAGCCAUCAAUAAACGAGGCUCAAAUAAACGAUUCUCAACAGGCAACAUCAAUUCCUUUUCUAGAAAUGGUAAAGUAGCUCCGUUGACAUCAUUUAGCGGGAUUUUAGAAGAGGUUUCAUUGGACAGUACCGCCCAUGUCGGCUGCAGGGCACAGAACAGGCACUUCAGUAUCUGUGCAAUGCCAAGGGCAGUUAAAUCUCUGUCUAUUGAUACAACCAAUUUACUUUAUGGGUGUCACGAUCCGGGAGUUGAGAGACGCACAGACGGGAUCUUGCAGCAACGCUGUAAGAGCUCCAAUCUUUUUGCUGCCUCCCGCGAUUCUGUUCAAAUGUACAAAGAAAGCGAAAAAAUAUAUUUCGAAAACACCCGUAGAAUAAGUGUUGUACCAGAGAAAACUGUACAUACGCUAGAGGUAAUGAGAGCAUCGUUCUCACACUUCAGACCAGCUGAAAGCAGCUAUGUCCGUGACAACCUGCAAGACGACAGGCUUCUUCAUCAGCCGAAAGCGAGCUUUAGCUGCAGAUCGGACAUUUCAUUCGUAGCCAACACCUUACGGCCUUCCUCCAGCACCAUCUGCCGGAACAGUAACCACUCAAGUGUUCCCAGCAUUGCCCACUCUUACAUUAACAAUAGGUUCAAACCUCUCCUCUCCACCCAACACAGUAUCACCAGUAUCAGCGCAGAAGUUCGCUCCACCAUUAUGCUCAUUCUUGUGACCAGCUGCACUCUCAUAGCAGAAGUGUUUGUGGUUAUUUUGUUAAUCCUGCUGUUCUUGAGCAACUUUGUCUGGCCCAGUGGAGACUUGAUCAGCCACUCGGACUUGUCAACAGCAAUCAUGUUUUCAAAUGCCCUUGUCAGCCUGACCUUCCCAUUGAAUUUUGUUUUCUUCUGCGGUCUCAGUCAAGCGUUUCGGUCAGCGCUGACAUCGAGGCUACAGGCACUGAUUGGCAGACGUUCUCAAAAUUCAGACCAAACCUGA